GGUAUGCGUGAUAAGAGAAGGAGUUGAGCGGUUUUCACUUUCGUAGUGUCUUCCCAUCAGCCCGGUAAGGAGCAGGGUGUGUGCAGGUCGAACCGUCAAGUGUCUGUUGAGAAAAUUCGAGAGGUUUACUAAACACAAAAAAUAAACAUGUCUGACGAUGCACAACAACAAAAGGUCCGGGCCGCCACCUCAAAUGUGUUGACAAAGUUUAAUCAGAGGGUCAUCCAAGAAAUGAAGGAGGCCUUCACAAUGAUUGACCAGAACAGAGAUGGUUUCAUUGAUGCGAACGACCUCAAAGAAAUGUUCUCAUCACUAGGAAGCACACCCGAUGACAAAACUCUGAAAGAAAUGUUGGCCGAGGCCCCCGGACCCCUCAACUUCACCAUGUUCCUCUCCCUCUUCAGCGACAAACUCGGCGGUACCGACCCUGAGGAAUCCUUAAGGAAUGCUUUUGCCAUGUUUGACAAAGACGGAAAGGGCAAAAUUCCAGAAGAAUACAUCAAGGACUUAUUAGAAAACAUGGGAGACAACUUCACAAAAGAUGAGAUGAGACAGACAUUCAAAGAAGCCCCCAUUGAAGGAGGAAAGUUAGAUUACGAAAAGUUUGUAGGCAUCAUCAAGGGUAGCAGCUCAGAGGAGGCAUAAUAACAUUCGAACUUUUAGUCGACUCAACUCAUCCAUCACCCCUCAAAAAGAAUUAACGAACUUUAAUCUCCGUGAAUGUGACGUAUACGACUUUUAAGAUCACGUGUCAGCGUGUCAAGAAAGGACAAUAAAUUAUUUAUACCAAUGGACAGCAGUUGAAGACUCAUUUUGAAACAAAGGGGUGGAAUUUUUUUUUGUAUUUAUUUAUAUUUUAUUUUCUUCCUUUCUUUAAAAUCUGUUUUAAAAAUUACGGUUUUUCUCAAGCCAAAGAGCACUACCAUUCCAUUAUUAUGUAAGACACACUUGCUGGCGCUGCUCCCCGGGCUCUAGUUAUAGGAAGCACUCCCCAUCUUCAGCAGAGCGUGUCUGUUGCUAGGAGGCGGCUAGUUGUGCAUUUCGGAAACCAUCUUGAUUGUUGCAUGUAUAUAGAGAGUGACAUCUGAUAAGUAUCUCGCCUCCGUCUUUUCUGUUGGCUUGGGAUGAAUCGUUUGAUAUUUGAUCCGUGGCAGCCUGUACUACUACUGCCAAAUUUAGAACACCUGUCAUUUGUAUUCGUUUCUCAUACAGUGUUAGCAUAUCCCAUUAGUACCAAAGAUCUAGAGUAAUCUAAUAAUAGAUAAAUAUACUUCUGCACUGUAUGUGUUUUGUUGGGUGGGAGGUUUAUAUAUGCGGAGGCUGUGUUUGCUCCCUGUGUUAUGUGAUUUAUGAAAGUGAUUGUAUUUAUUUCUUUCGUUAAUAUGACCUGUCGUAUAUUCAUUCACAUUGGAACAAAGUUUUUAAAAAUUUAUUUAAGUAUUCAUUUAUUUAUAAUUGUUACUCCAGAUGAAUAUUUAUUGACUUAGCGCGUGACCGACAACCUCUGGCCAGUUUGUAGACAAGUACUUGAUCUACAGCGGAAGUCAUGCCAGCCCCGCUACGCCCUCUAGGGCUCAGUUGAUGAACUAGGGACAAUAAUUGUCGAGGUUUCUGAACUCGCCCUAUGGGGACGCUGUCUUAUGUGAUAUGUUGGCAUGGCUACCGUUUAUGCUAACUACCUGGGUGGAUUGUUCCCAAUGUAACCAAUUAUUGUACGAAUAAACCUCUGUGCACAGAGUCAA